GCCGCGCUACCUCAGCAGCGGGUGCUUCAGUUCCCAGGGAGACACCUCUGGCAGGAACUGGGGCCCUGUCGGCCUCGGGGUCCCACAGUGGCCACCACGUUCUGCACAUUGCUUUCGGUGUCCUCCUUCUCACCCUGAGGCCUCCGUCAUGAAGGAUUCGCUGGUGCUGCGGAGCCGCAUCCAGGCACACCCGGACUCCCGCUGCUGGUUUCUGGCCUGGAACCCCACGGGGACCCUGCUGGCCUCGUGCGGCGGCGACCGUAAAAUCCGCAUCUGGGGCACCGAGGGUGACAGCUGGGUUUGUAAGUCUGUCCUUUCUGAAGGCCACCAGCGCACUGUUCGGAAAGUGGCAUGGUCCCCCUGUGGAAACUACCUGGCCUCUGCCAGCUUUGAUGCUGUCACUUGUAUUUGGAAGAAGAACCAGGAUGACUUUGAGUGUGUAACCACUCUCGAGGGUCACGAAAAUGAGGUCAAGUCAGUGGCUUGGGCGCCGUCUGGCAACCUCUUGGCUACCUGCAGCAGAGAUAAGAGUGUGUGGGUCUGGGAAGUUGACGAAGAGGAUGAGUAUGAGUGUGUCAGUGUCCUCAGCUCUCACACACAGGACGUCAAACACGUGGUUUGGCACCCGAGCCAGGAGCUUUUAGCGUCCGCCAGCUAUGAUGACACAGUGAAGUUGUACCGGGAAGAAGGAGAUGACUGGGUCUGCUGUGCCACCCUUGAAGGUCAUGAGUCCACUGUAUGGAGCUUGGCCUUCGACCCCAGUGGCCAGCGGCUGGCAUCUUGCAGUGAUGACCGUACUGUGCGCAUUUGGCGCCAAUAUCUACCAGGCAAUGAACAAGGGGUGGCAUGCAGUGGCUCUGACCCCAGCUGGAAGUGUAUCUGUACUUUGUCAGGCUUCCACACCAGGACCAUCUACGACAUUGCUUGGUGUCAGCUGACAGGGGCCCUGGCUACAGCUUGUGGAGACGAUGCCAUCCGAGUGUUUGAGGAGGAUCCCGGCUCAGAUCCACAGCAGCCCACCUUCUCACUGACAGCUCAUAUGCGCCAGGCGCACUCCCAGGAUGUGAACUGUGUGGCUUGGAAUCCCAAGGAGCCAGGGCUCCUGGCCUCUUGUAGUGAUGAUGGGGAGGUGGCCUUCUGGGAGUAUCACCAACCUGCAGGCCUCUGAACUGUAGUGUGACUUGCCAAGACUUUCCUAGUCAUCGAGAGGACCUGAAGGAUCCUUGAUCUACAUUUAGCUUUAUGCCUUGUUUGGAUGUGUAGAAGCCACAGGACCAUUCACUGUUUCCCUUCAUUGGUGUGAGGGAGCCAUGGGACAGAGCCAUGGAACAGAAGUAUGUUGUACUACAAUUUUUGCUUGAUUUAGGGCAUGGGGUUACAUUUUGGGGUAAAUAUAGUAUUUAUAAUCAUGAUGUAUGUACACAGAAGAAUAUAUCUGAGAGCUUUCUGAAAUUGUGAGCUUUAUAGAAAUAAUCCACACUUCCUGUUUUGUAAAUAAGGUCAUUUAUAAUUCCGCUAUUUGAAGUAGGUCCCACUUUCCCAAUUUCUAGAGAAGUUCUUGCAUUUAAGACAUUCUAGCUAGUUGUGGCGUCUUCCUAGUACUCAAUUAGCAAAGACAGAAUGAUCAGAAGCUCAAGGUUAUCUUUGGCUACACAGUAAGUUUGAAGCUAGCCUGGGAUAUACGAGACCCUUUCUCAAAAAGCAAAAAGACAUUCAAAGUUUGUUCGGAGUAAAAGAACACCACUGUUCUUCCUUAGAAACCCUCAUAUGCGCCUCGAGACAUUAUGCUGUGGUGGCAACUAAAGCCCCCGAAAGAGAGAACUGGUUUUCAGUGAGGGGCACCAUUAAGACAAUAGCUUGUGGCCCUCUAAAAAACAGCAGGCUGGGUGUAGUGGCACAUACCUAUAAUCCACUACUCAGGAGGCAGACCUGAUCUAUAAAAUGACAGGAUGACAGAAGCCUGUCUCAAAAAAAGAAAAGAAAAAAGUAAAAGACGAUUGUGUGUGUGCUGCCAAUCUGGUGUUUUUCAGGCUAAAGCCUUUUAAGGCCUUUUUUGUUUUGUUUUGUUUUAGU